AUGCUCUCCGAUUCCACCCCUUCAAGACCAUCGCGUCUCCGUCGACUCUCUUCCUUUCUUCCCUCCAUCAGCACCCAAUCUAAGCUGCAAAAAGAUGUUCUACGAAAGGCUGUUCCACGGAAACAGCUCCCGGCGCAAUUCGAAGCACCUCCCACGAACGCUCCAGCGCGACUUCCGCCAGCAGUACCUAAUCUGACCUCCGAAUCUUCGAACAUGCCUGUCGCUGCUCCUCCGAAUCGACUCCAGAAGCCCAACGGUCGGCCUCUUUCUGAAGACGAGUUCUUACGUGCUGCCGAAACAGCCCUACCAACAACGAACGGCAUGCUGUUGUCACCACAAGUCGUUCAAUCCGAAAACGUCCACGGUCGUGUCGUCUCUGGUCCUGCGAGUAGCAGUCCAGUAUCAUAUCAUUCUGAGGGCGAGGGUGGCCAUACGGCGAUCUCAAAGUUGCGACGCAAGAGCUGGAUGCCCGGAGGAAAAUCUCGAUCCAAAACAGCGUCUCAGGAGGAGCGCGAGAACUUGUUUUCAGCUUGGAUCAACGCCGGACAACACAAGAUCGACUAUAACAUCAACGGGUUGCUGAGCGGCGAGAGAGUGCCCGAACUCUGGGACGAGUCGGCAGACACUUACGUAUAUCUGUCCUCUCGAGGUCAAGAGCGCGGUCCGUCCUUCAAAGUUCAUUCGCUCGUUAUCCUGAGUUCGAGGCAGUUGAUGGAGGUCCUUGUCGGCGAUAAUGUACAUGGCGAGGCACAGGGCAAUGGUUUCAAUGGUAGAGAGAGUAUGUCCGCAAAGUCCUUGGAGGAAGCUACGCGUAAUCUCGCUGUUCAAAGCGUCGCUAGCCCGCCAUACACACCCACUACCUCAUUUUCGGAAGGACGGUCGAUCUAUGAUAGCUCAGUCGGAUCGAUCAAGUCAUUCGGUGACUUGGGUUCUGGCGAAAAGCACCUCUACUUCCCCAUGCACGAGAUGACACGAAGCCAACAACGCAGCCCGCGGCAAGGUGAUAUUCAAAGUACGAUCGAUGUUCGCAAUCUGUUCGCGUUCUUCACCGGUCAACCUCUUGUGGCAACUCGCACAUACCCGUCCCAAUUCCACAUCUUCUGCUCGAUUGCGGCAAUGCUCAAGAAGUUCGAGUAUACCAAUUUCGAUGGAACAUCUUAUGGAGAAUGUGCUCAAAACAGCUUUCUCUUCUACUUGGAGGAACAGCAGUUGGCAGAUGUCAGAAACAGCAGAGAAGCAACCCUCGAGGGGCUUAUCUUGGGAGAAGCAAUGAAGUGCGCUGAGUUGUAUAAUGAAGCUUUCACUCAUGCCGCUGGAAAAUGGAACGCGAUCCAAGAGAUCAAGUCCCCCCUCUUCAACCAACUUUCCACCGUUACCCGAACUCGGCUCGACAAUGCCUCACGACAGCUUAAGGCUCGCCUCCAGACGGUUAAUCUACGCCUCGAGAAUUUUGAAUUCCCGUCAUUGUUCGCAGGCAUCGCAUCUUCCACCUCGCUUGAGGAAUCCAAGGCGAUCAAUUUCAAGAACUGCAAGUCCGAUUAUGAGAAGCUCCGCAAGGUCGUUCGAUCCUACUACGUUGAUUUACAUGGGCAGUGGCCACCGAAAGCCAAGAGCAAGAAGAACGACUUCAAUGAGAGUGGUCUGAAUAGACUGGUUUUGAAGUGUCUGUACGACGAUUUCGCGAGUCUUUACGAUUACUUGGUCGAUCGAAAGUCCCUCACAACCAGAGCUUCCAGUACGUCCUUGGAUCUCGGUGCAACGAAUGGUUCUGCUUCUGUAGCUGUCCUUCGGAAGCUCCUCGCUGAGUUUGACGCUUCAACUCCACCAGUUCAGCCACCGAUCCCCUUCGACGUCCCUCUCAUUCCCACGAUUGCAUCAAUCGAACCGAACUAUGUACAGCUCUCUCCAACUGAUCAAGUCAAGGCUGACAAUCGAAAGCUGAAGUCCCACGAAGCUACCCUCAUCUUGACCAAGUCCCACAACCUGGACGCGGAAGUUGGUAAGAAGUUUAUGGAUAUGUUCCAGGAGUUUGAGACGAAGGAGUCGCAAGGCAAGAACGUUCAAGAACUUGCUGAGCAGCGAAUUGGGUACUGGAUCUUCCUCUACGCCGUUCUUCAGUCUCUGCCGCUCCUCAUUGUUGAUGCACCUGGUCUUCACUUCACCAAGCACGUCGAAUACUUCCUGUGUAAGCCUCCUUUGGGCCCCAGCCCUUGGAUUGAUGAAGCUGCUCGCGGUGUUCAGAUGAGCCUGUACGAAGUCAAAGGUACCGGUGGAUACUCUCUUUUACCUGACGAUAUGGUCAACCAUGGUGUCGAAGCAAUAUUUCGGCGAUCCCACUGCUGGCAAUUGGCCGAGAUGUGGGUUGGAUCAGAUACCGAGACCCCGCAAACCCAGACAUCCGGACCUCCCUUGUCUCCGCUUUCCCCGCCUCCUGUCUUUGGCAGCUUCAGUGGAGAUGGAAUGGCAAUACGGGCAAGUUCUCGUCCUCUCAAUAGAAGCCCCGUCAUCGGUCAACAUUCGGAGUCAUCCAGCCCGACCCCUCAACCCCGAAGCCGUACCAACAGUCGCCAUCAUCGCCAGAGCAAGAGACAGAGUAUCGCAUUGGGCCUCGAGAAGUGUGGGUCGAGACCAACAAGCCGAGGUGGUAGCCCGAUGAUUGGUCCUGGUGGACGACGUAAUUCGAGCAUACCCAGCGGAGGUGGAAUGGACAGCAGACCGGCGAGCGCAACUACGAAUACCGGCAUGACGUUCGACGAUAUCCUCGGUGACAUUCCCGGCCAGGCUGGUGGCAAGAAGGGGAAGAAGAAGUAA